AUGGAAGACAACAUGAUGAUCGACCCAACUACUCCAGCACAAAAUACUCUAACGCAAAAUUUUCAAGCCAUUGUGAACAAUACUCAAGUGGUGUUGGACUGGAAAUAUGAAAUGAGACGACAAAUGCAAGAAAUUCUCCCAGGAUUGUUUCUUGGUCCCUAUUCUUGUUCAAAAGACCUUGAAAUGUUACAACAAAAUAACAUAUCACAUAUUGUAUCAAUUCGAGAUUCAUCAGAGAAAAUGUUAUUAAAACCAAGAUUUCCUGAACAUUUUCGAUAUUUUGAAAUAGAGGUGAAAGAUUCUCCUAAUGAAAGGUUGAUUCCCCAUUUUCCACAAGCAAAAGCAUUCAUUGAUGAUGCACUUUAUAACGGAGGUAGAGUCUUUGUUCACUGUAAUGGUGGAAUUUCAAGAAGUCCUGCUUUCGUGGUCGCAUAUGUUAUGGAAACUGUAAAGAUGGACUAUCAGCAAGCGUAUAGUUAUGUUCAAAAUAGAAGAUUUUGUAUGAAUCCCAAUGAAGGAUUCAAAGUCCAAUUAAAGGAAUAUGAGCCCAUAUAUUCCGCCAGGGAUUCAAUUAGUGGACAUCAAUAUACGCCAGGAGAAAUAGGAAGACAAGCUAUACGAAGACCUGCACCUGAUGAAGAUGAUCCAAAUGAAUUUGAACUUGCAAGAAGAGCGCCUGCGUUCCAUGGAGAAACAAAUGUACAGAGGUGA